CCGCCGGGGACCAAUGGGCCGCGGGGACGCGCGGGGCGGAGGGCGGGAAAGAGGCCGGCGGACGGGGCGGGCGCGCGCACGCACGGGGACAAGGCGCGGCCCCGCGGCAUUGCGUGCGCGCUCCCUUUCCCCCCCCCGCCUUCCCCUCUCUCUCUCUCUCCCUCUCUCUCUCUCUCUCCUCUCUUCUCCGCCGCGCUCGGUCGUUUCUUCCCCCCCCUUUGUGAGGCGCCCGGAGCGGCCCGGACAUCGCUGACUCGCCAUGGCCGACGAGAAGCCCAAGGAAGGAGUGAAGACUGAAAACAAUGACCACAUUAAUCUGAAGGUGGCAGGGCAAGAUGGGUCUGUGGUGCAGUUUAAGAUUAAGAGGCACACACCACUUAGUAAACUAAUGAAAGCCUAUUGUGAACGACAGGGGUUGUCGAUGAGGCAAAUCAGAUUCCGGUUCGAUGGGCAGCCAAUUAAUGAAACAGACACACCUGCACAGUUGGAAAUGGAGGAUGAAGAUACAAUUGAUGUGUUCCAGCAGCAAACAGGAGGAGUUUACUAAAAAUCAAACACACACACACAAACACACACACAAAAAGAA